AUCACACAGUUGUCAGACAACAACUAAAGCAAUGGAUAACAAUAACGAAGAUGAAGUUGAGCCAGAGGGCGCCAUUACUGAGUUGGAAACCGAUGAUGACGUAGAGUCCGAAUCUGAGGCAGAGCCAGAGGAAACUGAAUUAGAUGCAGGCGACAGCUGGGAAUCCUUUCAGGAUCGCAUUGAUUCUUUUCUAGCAAACACAACAUGUGACAAGCCGGUGCGCAAACUGGACGAACGUCGCACAGUGAUUGUGGAGCGUGUGCGCCAGUUACAAAAAGAUACACCCAAGGCAUUCGCAGAACGGUCACUGGCGCAGAUGAGCCAGAUUGAUCAGCAGCUGGAGAUAUCGAGCACCAGACUGGGCCAGCUUGUGCGCUUUGGCAAUGAGUUGGUGACCAAUAUACGAGUGGCCAAUGAGCGGCGUGAGCUCAAUCGUCGUCUGUUCGAGACAGGGCAGAGCAGAAAUAUGAAACAGACUCUGCAGGGCGAGAAUAUUGAGGCACUUGCCAAGUUUGAAGAUAUUAAAGCACGCUGGACCGAGCUGGAGGAGAUUAACGAGCCCAUGCUAAUGUGGGAUCAAAUUGAGGAGCAGAAGAAGCGCAUAGCUAGCAUAAUGGCGCGCAAGGAUGAAAUGAUAGCUUCCUGCCAGCAGGAGAUUGACCGCAUGAAUGCCAAGUACGAGCAAGAUCGUCAGCGCCAGGCGGCGGAUCUAUGCUGCCUGGUCGAGCGUGUAGACAAUCAGGUAGAGACGCUCAAAGAGUCAUACAAGCAUCACUUGGAACUGCUGCGCAACACUGUCGAGGAUGAGCGUCAAAUGUUCUCGCUGACGGCGGCAGAGAAGUGGCGCAACUACUUCAAUGCGCUCAAUGCCAACUUCGAUGAGAAAUCCAAGCUGGUGCGUGUGCGCGAACAAUUUUACACGCUGCAAACGCAACUGCUGCAGGAUUCCCAAGAGGAGCUAACCAAGCAGACGCGCGUGCGCUUGGAAAAGGAAUGCGAGCGCCUGGAACUGGAGCUGCGACGCACACGCGACAACGUGCUGAUGAACUCCGAGAAGCUGGACUACAACUAUCAAGUGCUGCAGCGACGCAAUGAUGAGAACUCCAUAAUAACAAAUCAGCAAAAGCGACGCGUCGCCCGCUUGCAUGAGCUGGUCGCACGCACGCGCCGUCAACUGCGUGAGCUCUAUCACAAUGGACGCCGCACCAUAUCGAAGCUGACCACAGAUAUACAGCAGCUGCAUGGCAGCAUCAGCGACAUGGAGGCCAAGGCGCAGCAUACGCGCAACAUAAACCGCGAGAAGUUCAAUCGUGUUUGGAACAUCAACUACGAUGAGAUAACCGAUCUGCUGACGCGCAUCUAUGAGAUUGAUCGCAUACUGCACGAACAGCAGCUGGUGAUGCCCUGGACCAAGCCCCAUAUACACAUUGAUAACAUCAAUAAGCCAAUCAAUAAACGCAGCACCAAUACUAUGGAGCGCAUUGAGCGUCGCUUUGGCAAGCUGCCCAGCAAGUACGGCGGCACUUUGCCCAAGAGCGGCGGCGAUGAUAUCAAGACACGUGGUCCCAUACAACAACUGCCGCCGGAAUCGGCGCGUCUAAUGCGCAACAUUCUACGCAAGCUCGCCGAUCGUGGUGGCUUUCUCAUUGAGGAGCGUCUGCUAAAGAUUUUGCGUCCCUAUACGGAGCGUGAGCAGACCAUGGUGCGCAUUGAUAACAUCUUUGCAGCACUGCGCAUCCACAACCUGGACGAUGUCAUGGAGCUAUCGCAGGUCUUUGAGCCCUAUACCUAUUGCCCCACAUGUCAGCCAGCGGGUCUGAGUCCGUUGAAGUGCGCUGAGGUGUUUCUCAAGGAUCAGUCCGCCAAUCGUUAUCUCAAGGUGGGCGAUGUUAAGAAUCUGGAUCAGGCCGUGCUGCGUGGCAAGAACACAGCUCAUAUAUUCGCUGUUAAGGGCAUGAGCAAGGAGCCCUGCUCGAAUCAUUAUUUGGUCAUGGAGCCCGCCUUGGUGCUGCAUGCCAUGAAUCUGUAUACCAAUCAAAAACACAAGCAAAUCUAUGGCAGCUCCUUGGACAGCGCGAUGGAAUCGGAGCUUAUACACUUUAGCGAUGAGGAGAUACAAAAGUUUUGGCGACAGUUUCGCAAUAUGUUUCCAGCAUCCAAGUCGGCGCUAUGGAAGACUCUGGAGCAUGGUCUCAAUCACUACGUGGAGGUGCUCAAAAUGCGUGUCGAGUACGAUGCCGAGGUCGUCUUUCUGCGCCGGCAGAACGAGGAGCUGCGCCAUCUGCUGCAAAAGUUCAAAGUCUGAGUUACCCCAUAUACACAUAAGUAUAUCUAAGUAGAUCAUAUAAGUCUUGAAUCUGUAUAAUUAUCAUAAAUUUUAAUUGUAUGCCAUAUCCAUUUAAUAGUGUUGCUCUCUCGCUCUAACUCAUGCUUGAGCUUCAAGUGCUGCACUCUAGCCGGAUGAUUACACUGCGCUACAAAAUAAUAAUAAAAAUAGUAAUUGAAUUGCUAGCGCUAAACCGA